AGACGCGUGGUUUUUCUUCUAAUUAAAUCAUAAACUCAAUCAUCUUAAAUUCAAAUCACCACUUUUUAUUUGCUUGUUAUCGAAAAGAAUCUGUGCAAUUGUAUCAUUGUCGGCGAAUCGAAAACAAAAUAAUCGAAUUUGAUGUUGGAUUUGGUUGGUAUUUCUGGCAUUUCACUAUGACACUUUGCAUUCACGGAACGAAGUAAGGUUAGGUUGAUUGAUUGAUUGGCUCUGGUGUGAUUCGAAACAUAUUCUGAUUUGGCAAACGAGAGUCAACAUUUGACACGAUGAAUGGCUGGCCAAAUGAUCCAGGCAAAAUGAGGCACUACUCAAGCGAUGCAAUGGACGGUAAAGUCGAUACUCACACACCAAAUCAGUUCGAGAACAGUGCUGACAAUAAUUCUAAUUCCAAGCCAGAGCAUGAUAUCAAAGAAGAGCCAGAGGCAACGGAUUACGUUUUCAUGGUUUCGAUUCCAAACCAAUGUCAUGUGCUAGACGUCAAAUUGGAGCCGGUUGGUGACACAAAAAAUGGUCUACGAAACGUUGGAUCGCCUAGCGACGAGAAUUUCUAUUUGACACAUAUUGAAUCAGAGUCAAUUGCUGAAAAGAUGGAAAAUGCUGAUGUCAAACCGGAAGAAAGCAAGCAUGCACGGCAAAGCGUAUCUGUUCAUACAAUGGAUGAUUUUGUCUUGAAUAGCGAAGUUCAGCCGAAGAAUGAGUCGAUGGACACUGCAAUCGAUGAUGGGACGUUUAUUGAUAUGAAUGCCGCAGCAGUCGUAGUGGUCGAAGUUAAACAAGAGCCUAGGAUCAAAGUGGAACCAGAAGAUCACGAUGAACCACUUGCGGUGUCCAUGCCACGACAGCGUUACCGUGGUUCAACAGUUGAACUCGGCGUCGAUAGAGCAAACAAUGAGUCGAAUAUCGAAGAUUGGUAUCCAACGGAAUUUAAAGUCGAAGUGGAAGCCGACAUCAAAGUAGAACAGAAGUCAAAGGAAGGAAAGCGAUCAGAUAAAAAUGACGCACAGAAAGAAAAUGGAAAUCGUGAGGUGGAAGGACAGUCGAAGAAAGAUGAUGCGGUGCCGAGGUCAUCGAAUGGAAAUUUGAGGAAAAAGAGCAUUGCUAUGAAGGGUAGAGCUAAAGCGGUGAUCAAUGCUGCGCAUAGAAAACAGUCAGCGGCAAAAAGGGCCAAGAAACAGCACAAGUGCCAAACAUGUGGAUAUGUUGCGCCAAGACCAUCCAAUUUGAAGAGGCAUAUGUUCAAACACACUGGCGAGAAUCCUUUUCCAUGCAAUAUCUGUAACAAACGAUUCACGACGAACUCGAACCUUCAAACACAUUUGAAAACACACCCCGAUGAAUAUCCGUUCAGUUGUUCAGUUUGUCUCAAGAGGUUCGCACAGAAUGACGAAAGACUGGUGCACGAGGAUGUUUGCAAUGGGCGACACUUCGAAUGCCAUUUGUGCAAGCAGUACUCUACUCUGAUUGAGUUCAGCUUGAAGGUGCACAUGCGUGGGCAUAGUGGCGAUCGGCCAUUCCGAUGCAGCGUUUACUCCAAGAGAUUUACAGUACGAUGCAACCUAAAGGCUCAUUCGAAAAUUCACACAAAUCCUCGUCCGAUAAAAUUCCGAUGCAUGACGUAG